CUGAGCCCUAUGUGGGUACGCGACGCAGGAAUAGGCGGUGCCGUGGCCGAGCUUCUGCCAGGGCCGAGGUUUUGAUCUGGGUUCUUCCGGUGGCUUUUGGAGUCGCUGUUCAUUCCUGUACGCAGCCUCGGGCGUUCUCCCAGGUGGACGCAGCUGGUGUCCGGACUUAAGCUCUCCGGGGGCAUGACCAUGGCUGCGGGGCCGGGCUCUCAGGACUCGGAAGGGCUCCUGAUAGUGAAACUGGAGGAGGACUGCGCCUGGAGCCAGGAGCUGCCCACGCCUGACCCGGGGCCCAGUCCGGAGGCCUCGCAUCUGCGUUUCCGACGGUUCCGCUUUCAAGAGGCCGCUGGUCCCCGAGAGGCCCUCAGCCAGCUCCAGGAGCUUUGCCACGGGUGGCUGCGGCCAGAGAUGCGCACCAAGGAGCAGAUUCUGGAGCUGCUGGUGCUGGAGCAGUUCUUGACUAUCCUGCCCCAAGAGAUCCAGAGUAGAGUGCAAGAACUGCGCCCAGAAAGCGGCGAAGAAGCAGUGACCCUUGUGGAGCGUAUGCAGAGAGAACUUGGAAAACUGAGGCAACAGGUCACAAACCAAGGGCGGGGAGCAGAAGUGCUUUUGGAGGAGCCUUUGCCAUUGGAAACAGCAGGAGAACCACCGAGCUUCAAGCUGGAGCCAAUGGAGACUGAGCGAAGCCCUGGCCCCAGGCUGCAGGAGCUGCUAAACCCCAGCCCCAAAAGGGACCCCCAGGCUGUAAAGGAGAGGGCAUUAUCUGCUCCCUGGCUCGCUCUCUUCCCUCCUGAAGGGAACAUGGAAGACAAGGAGAUGACUGGGUCCCAGUUGCCCGAGAGCUUUGAGGACAUGGCAAUGUAUAUCUCCCAGGAGUGGGGGCAUCAGGAUCCUAGUAAGAGAGCUCUCUCAAGGGACACGGUGCAGGAGAAUUAUGAGAAUGUGGGCACACUGGAAUCUUGCAUUCCCAGUCAGGAGGUCCUAAGCACUGAGGUGGAACAAGGAGGGAAGCCAUGGGAUCCUAGUGUCCAGAGUUGCAAGGAAGGCGUGAGCCCCAGAAACCCAGUUCCAGGGGUAGAGAAGCUUGAGAACCCAGAAAGAAGUGCUCAGUCUGUUUCUCCUGAAAACACCCAUCCUCCAGCACUGCUGCCUGGCCAGGCCAGACGGGAGGUACCCUGGAGUCCUGAGCAGGGAAGACCUGAUGACAGAACAGAAGGACAUUGGGAAUCACCCCCAGAGGACCAAAUGGAGGAGUCCUUAGUGGGAACUACAAGUUAUAGAGGACUAGGACAACCAAAGGAACAGCCGAAGAAACUCCAUUUGUGCCCCUUGUGUGGCAAAAAUUUUUCUAAUAACUCAAAUCUAAUUAGGCAUCAGAGAAUACAUGCUGCAGAAAAACUAUGUAUGGAUGUAGAGUGUGAUGAAGUCUUUGGUGGGCACCCACAUUUUCUGUCACUACACAGAACAUAUCUGGGAGAGGAAGCCCAUAAGUGCCUUGAAUGUGGAAAAUGCUUCAGUCAAAAUACUCACCUAACUCGCCAUCAGCGCACACACACAGGCGAAAAGCCCUAUCGGUGCAAUGUUUGUGGAAAAAGCUUCUCUUGUAACUCUAACCUCCACAGGCACCAGAGGACACACACUGGGGAAAAGCCCUACAAGUGCCCUGAGUGUGGGGAGAUCUUUGCUCACAGCUCCAACCUGCUUCGGCACCAGAGGAUCCACACUGGAGAGAGGCCCUAUAGGUGUGGUGAGUGUGGGAAAAGUUUCUCUCGGAGCUCACAUCUUGUCAUUCAUGAAAGAACCCAUGAGAAAGAGAAACUUGACCCCUUCCCUGAGUGUGGGGAAGGCAUGAGUGACAGUGUCCCCUUUCUUACAAACCAUGGAACCCACAGAGUAGAGAAGAAACUCUUUGAAUGCUCAAUUUGUGGGAAAAGCUUCCGGCAGGGCAUGCACCUUACCAGACAUCAGAGAACACACACAGGAGAAAAACCAUAUAAAUGUACUCUUUGCGGGGAAAACUUCUCUCAUAGAUCCAACUUAAUCAGGCACCAGAGAAUUCACACAGGAGAAAAACCAUAUACCUGCCAUGAGUGUGGAGACAGUUUUUCUCACAGUUCCAACCGGAUCCGUCACCUGAGAACCCAUACAGGAGAGAGACCAUAUAAAUGUUCAGAAUGUGGAGAAAGCUUCUCUCGGAGCUCACGCCUUACAAGUCAUCAAAGAACUCACACAGGUUAGAAACAGUGGGAUUUUUUUCCCCCCUCAUUUUAUGUGGCAGAAAGUUAUCAAGAGCUGGUAUUCUUUGCCCAGCUGGAGAAGUACUGUGUUUUGCAAAUAAUUAAUAUAAAGAGCAAAUUGGACUUAUUUCAAGGGAGGUGCAGAGGUAAAGAAGGACUAACUUAGAACUAAAGGAGUUCUGUCUGCAGUAGUAAGAAUUCAAGUUUUAUGAGGUAACCUUCUCAGGGCCACUUUUCUAUUAAAUCCAUCUUGUCUCCAGGUACACUCACCUCUUGGUGUAUUUAACCAAGGUGUGGUUGGGGUCCAGUGUUUAUCCAACAAUUUUGGGAAUACAUGUGAUCUUAUUUAGGACAGUCAACAGGAGUGUUUGGACUCCUGUGGCCCUGAGACCAAAGAUGAGGGGCCAAGUCUGGGAAACCAGCUGAUGGUUAACAGACUGAUUGUAAGUUACAUCUGUUUGAAAGAUUGACUGGGGAGUCCUGGGAAGUCUAGGUCAACCAUCACAGCACCCUUCUCAGUAUUUUAGCAAGUGUAUUUACUGGCAUAUAAGCCUGACCUCAGACAAAAAGGGAACUGGAGACCUAAGGGAAAUCACAAGAUAGAACUUUCAUUUGAGUCCAGAACCUAACAGAUUAAAAGUAGGUAUGUGGCUAUAGUCUACCUUUCCAGAGAUUGAAACUUCCUUCUACCUGCCAGGAGUCAGGCGUUUCUAGGUGGAGGGUUCCAUGAUUCCUCAGGAAACAUUAAAAACAGAUCCUACAGAAAUUAGGAAUUAUGUCUUUCCCUGUUAAAAAUGUUUGGAAGAUAAUAAAAUCUUCAGGAAAUAUGA